GUGUCCACACGGCGCGUUGCGUUGCGUUGCGUCGUCGCAACGCAAAUAUUUUGACGCAUAGCCGGCCACACGGGCGCUGCAGCGUUACUAUGACGCAGUCAACGUUCCGUCGGCGCAGCGGCGACGCACAGUUGCGGCAAGUAUUUUGAAAAAAAUUCGCAGUCAGUCUAUAGCAAAUCAUGGAUCGGAAAAGACGUCUAGCAUUGCUCCUAUUACUACGUCACCGCCGAAAUCGACGCAAGAUCACAAGACGGUACUGGAUCAGUCCUUUCAUUUCAUUAAGAAAUCGUGAUGGACAGUUUUUUUUUUUAGAAUAUCGGGAGUUGCUAUUAGACGAAAAGAAGUUUUAUAAUUUUUUUAGAAUGAGUGUAUCCAGCUUCGAAUGUUUAUUGAAGUCCUUAGAACCACACAUACGAAAAAACUAUACUAAUAUGAGGAAUCCAGUGGAACCAGUAGAAAUGCUGGGAAUCACUUUAAGAUACCUAGGAAGUGGAAAUUCAAUAACUGAUUUACAUUUCAAAUUCAAACGGGGAAAAUCUACUAUUGCAUAUAUAAUACAAAGAGUUUGUCGUGCUAUAUGGACCAAUCUUCUUCGAGACAACAUCCCUGAACUGACAACUGAAAGUUUCCAAACAAUAGCGAGGGGUUUUGAUGUAAAGGCAAAUUUUCCUCAAUGUGUUGGUGCCAUCGACGGCAAACAUAUCCGCGUGUGUAAUCCUGCAAAUAGUGGCUCACUUUUUUUUAAUUAUAAAGCCUUUUUUUCGAUUGUGUUGCUAGCUAUUGUGGAUUCAAAUUACAAAUUCGUAUUUGUCGACAUCGGUGCAUACGGAAAAGAAUGCGAUUCAACCAUAUUACAAAAUUCUAAACUGUACGAGCUAAUGAUUAACAACAACUUACCACUACCUCAACCCCAGCCACUCUCUGGUAGCAAUAUACCAACCCCGUAUGUAUUUGUGGGUGACGAAGCUUUUGGACUGAGCAAACAUAUUAUGCGUCCAUAUGGCGGUCAAAAUCUCGACUUACAACAAAAGGUUUUCAAUUACCGUCUAAGCAGAGCCAGAAGAUAUGUCGAAUGCGCUUUUGGGAUUAUGGCUAACAAAUGGCGCAUUUUUCACAGACCGAUAGACGUGUCCUAUGACUUCGCUACUGACAUUAUAAAAGCAUGUUGUGUAUUACACAAUUUUGUCGCUGAUCGAGAUGGUUUUAGACAAAGAGAUAAAUUUGCUAUAAGUGUUGAUGAAUUUCUCCCAAUACAACCCGUACAUGAAGAACAGACAGCACCGAAUGUCAUAAGACAGCAAUAUGCGACCUAUUUUAUGACUAGAGGAACUCUGCCUUGGCAGCUAAAUAAGGUAUAAUUGUAUUAUGAGGGUUUUCAAGAUUUUCUUGCACCGCCAAUUCCGCGAUCAGUAAAAAAAUAAUAUUUUAUACCUACUCAGCGUAGUCUAGGUUAGUUUUGAGCUAAGUAAUAAAAUAGUACUCACGCUAAUCUAAAUUCCCUAAGUUUUAAAAUUUUAGAGUGUCGAGAUAUUAAUUUUGUACUGAUCGCGGAAUUGGCGGUGCAAGAAAAUCUUGAAAGCCCUCUUAAAUAAAAAAAACAUAAAUAUCUGUACUGUGAACUCACCAACUUUAUUUUUUCGUUCAGCUGUGAAAUUCUCGUAAUCAGGAAAUAAAACUUUUGAUAUGUC